UGUUCACUUCAUCCCCUUCUAUCUGUGUCCCACAGAAACCUGCUGGACAGAGACACCUUCUCCAAGUCUGACCCAAUCUGCGUGCUCUACACACAAGGCAUCGGAAACAAGGAGUGGAGAGAGUUCGGGCGGACAGAAGUGAUCGACAACACGCUGAACCCGGACUUCGUUCGCAAGUUCGUUCUGGACUACUUCUUCGAAGAGAGGCAGAAUCUGAGGCUUGAUCUGUAUGAUGUCGACUCAAAUAGCGCAGACCUUUCCAAACACGACUUCCUGGGUCAGGCCUGCUGCACUCUGGGAGAGGUGGUGGGCUCGCUGGGCAGUCGCGUGGAGAAACCCCUGGGGUUUACAGAGGAAGAGGCGUGCAGGAUGCCUAAAUCGCUGUUCCUCCCUUGGAAGUCUACCGGGGGCAAGAAGGGGAUCCCAGGGAAGAAGUGUGGCACCGUCAUCGUAAAGGCAGAGGAAUUGAGCAACUGCAGGGAGUCAGUUCUGAUGCAGUUCUGCGGGAACAAGCUGGACAAGAAGGAUUUUUUCGGCAAGUCUGAUCCGUUCCUGGUCUUCUAUCGGAGCAACGAAGAUGGAUCGUUCACCAUCUGCCACAAGACGGAGGUGGUGAAGAACACGCUGAACCCCGUGUGGCAGGCCUUCAAGAUCCCCGUCCGGGCGCUCUGCAACGGAGACCACGACAGGACCGUCAAGAUCGAGGUGUACGACUGGGACCGGGACGGCAGUCAUGACUUCAUCGGGGAAUUCAGCACCAGCUACAGAGAGCUCUCCCGGGGCCAGAGUCAGUUCAACGUCUAUGAGGUGGUGAACCCCAAGAAGAAAGGCAAGAAGAAGAAGUACCUCAACUCUGGAACUGUAACACUGCUGUCAUUCCUGGUGGAUAUCGAGGUCACCUUCUUGGACUACAUCAAAGGAGGGACCCAAAUUAACUUUACCGUCGCUAUCGAUUUCACUGCCUCGAAUGGUAACCCGGCCCAGCCCACCUCUCUGCACUACAUGAGCCCGUACCAGCUCAACGCCUACGCCAUGGCCCUGAAGGCGGUGGGCGAGAUCAUCCAGGACUACGACAGCGACAAGAUGUUCCCCGCGCUGGGCUUCGGCGCCAAGCUGCCGCCCGACGGACGCGUCUCCCACGAGUUCGCCCUGAACGGGAACCCCCUGAACCCCUACUGCUCCGGCAUUGAGGGAGUGAUGGAGUCCUACUACCAGAGCCUCAAGUCGGUGCAGCUCUACGGGCCCACCAACUUCUCCCCCGUCAUCAACCACGUGGCCAGGUAUGCAGCGUCAGUAAAAGAUGGCUCCCAGUACUUCAUCCUCCUCAUCAUCACGGACGGUGUCAUCUCAGACAUGGCCCAGACCAAGGAGUCCAUCGUCAACGCUGCUGGUCUCCCCAUGUCCAUCAUCAUAGUGGGGGUGGGACCGGCAGAGUUUGACGGUACGUCGAGUCACCUCCUGUGGGAGGAUAAAGGACCUCCACAUGCAUGUGCACACAGACCAAAUGACACAAAUGCUAACGAGGACCGCGGCGUGGGCGGUUAG